AUGGUCCUUUCGGACCUUGGACGGCGCAUCAAUGCGGCCGUGACUGACCUUACAAGAUCGCAGAAUCUUGAUGAGAAGGCGUUCGAGUCUAUGCUUAAAGAACUCUGCAAUGCACUGGUGUCUGCCGAUGUCAAUAUUCGCCUCGUACAACAACUUCGAAAAUCCAUCAAAGCCAAAGUUGACUUCAAGAACCUCCCCCCGACCACCAACGCAAACAGCAAGAAGCGAUUAAUACAGCAAGCUGUCUUCGACCACCUCGUCGACCUCGUCGACCCACAUGCGGAACCAUACAAGCCUAAAAAGGGCAGAUCGAAUGUCAUCAUGUUCGUUGGACUGCAGGGUGCUGGAAAGACAACCACAUGUACAAAGCUUGCUCGACAUUACGCCCAGCGAGGCUUCAAAGCCUGUCUGGUCUGUGCCGAUACCUUCCGGGCUGGCGCAUACGAUCAACUCAAACAGAAUGCCACCAAAGCCAAAAUACCCUACUACGGCUCUCUUACUCAAACCGAUCCUUCAAUCGUGGCCGCCGAGGGUGUCGCCCGCUUCAAAAAGGAGAAGUUCGAAAUCAUAAUUGUUGACACGUCCGGCCGGCACAGACAGGAAGCCGACCUCUUCGCCGAAAUGGAACAAGUCCAAUCAGCCAUCAAGCCUGACCAAACAAUCAUGGUCCUCGACGGCACCAUCGGCCAAGCCGCCGAAUCGCAAUCCUCAGCCUUCAAAUCCACCGCCAACUUCGGCGCCAUCAUCAUCACCAAAACCGAUGGCGGCGCCGCAGGAGGCGGGGCCAUCUCCGCCGUCGCUGCAACCCACACGCCCAUCAUUUUCCUUGGCACGGGCGAACACAUGCUGGACCUCGAACGCUUCGCCCCGAAACCCUUCAUCUCGAAACUCCUCGGCUACGGCGACAUGAGCGGUCUGAUCGAACACGUCCAAGCGGUGACCAAGGACAACGCCUCGGCGAAAGAAACCUACAAGCACAUCAGCGAAGGCAUCUUCACCCUCCGCGACCUGAAAAGCCAAAUCACCAACGUCAUGAAGAUGGGACCGCUAUCCAAAGUGGCCGGCAUGAUCCCGGGCAUGUCCAACAUGAUGGCCGGAAUGGACGACGAAGACGGCUCGACCAAGAUGAAGCGCAUGAUCUACAUCUUCGACUCGAUGACAGAGAAGGAGCUCGAUUCCGACGGCAAGAUGCUUAUCCAGCAGCCCAGCCGCAUGACGCGGAUCGCGCAUGGCUCGGGCACCAGUGUCCGCGAAGUCAAGGAUCUGCUCACCCAAGCCAAGAUGAUGGCCGGCUUCGCCAAGAACAUGGGCGGCCAGAAGAAGAACAUGCAGCGUGCCGAGGCCAUGAUGAAGGGCGGCAACAAACAGCAGCAGAUGGCGGCGAUGCAGAAGAGGAUGGCGAGCAUGGGCGGCCAGGCUCCCGGGGCGGGCGGCAGGGGUGGGAUGCCCGAUAUGGGCAAGAUGAUGCAGAUGCUGCAGGGGAUGGGCGGCGGUGCUGGUGCUGCGGGCAGCAGUGCAGGCGGAAUGCCCGAUCUGGCCGGAAUGGAUAUGAAUGCCCUGAUGCAGCAGAUGGGCGGCAUGAUGGGCACCGGGAGAGGCAGAGGCAGAUGA